GAAUGGGCCCUCUCGUCGGCGUGUGCGCAGGGCCAUCUCAAGAUUGCGAAAUGGGUACAUGCCACAUUUCCGCACUUGCGCUUCCAGCCUUCCACCACGAGUAUGGCCGCUCGCAACGGCAGUCUCGAAAUUCUCCAAUGGCUUCACAGUCUGCCCGACGUGGAGUGGUCCACCGAUGUCAUGGAUGCAGCGGCUGAGAAUGGCCAUCUCGCCUUGGUGAAAUGGCUCCAUGAGAACCGCACAGAAGGCUGCACAGCGAACGCGAUGGACUACGCUGCUCGCAAUGGCCACCUGCAGGUUCUGCGCUGGCUGCACUCGAAUCCCAAACAAACCGAGAACUGCACUACUGCAGCGAGGCUGUUCGCUAUAGAACACAGACAAACUCACAUCCUCAGCUGGUUGGAGAAA